UAGAAGACUUGACAUCAGUUCCUUUUAUAGCGGCAAUGAAAGGACAGCGUGCUACUUACGAUUUUAGCAAAAACACAAGUUAGGUAUACAUCACCGGAUUAAAACUUUCAGGUUCGCAGCAAGCACAGUUCACUAUUAGGAGGAGAGUAUCAGAGCUGUGCCGAGAAGAUGUCUCUGGUUUGUGCAAUCUGCAACGAGGUACCGGAGCACCCGUGCAUCUCCCCGGUGUCCAAUCAUGUGUUCGAGCGCAGGCUGAUCGAGAAGUACAUCGCUGAGAAUGGGACUGACCCGAUGAACGGACAGCCGCUGUCCGAGGAGCAGCUGGUGGACAUCAAAGUGACCCACCCGAUCAGACCAAAGGCGCCAUCAGCUACAAGCAUCCCUGCCAUUCUCAAGUCUCUUCAAGAUGAGUGGGAUGCCGUGAUGCUGCAUAGCUUCACUUUGCGACAGCAGCUGCAGACCACGCGUCAGGAGCUCUCGCACGCCCUUUAUCAGCAUGACGCAGCCUGCAGAGUCAUCGCUCGGCUCAACAAGGAGGUCACCGCUGCGAGAGAAGCUCUUGCAACGCUUAAACCGCAGGCCGGACUGGUGGCUCCUCAGGCCGUGCCGGCCUCUCAGCCAGCUGCUGCUGGUGCUGGUGGAGAGCCGAUGGAGAUCAGCGAACAGGUGGGAAUGACCCCAGAGAUCAUCCAGAAGCUUCAAGACAAAGCUACGAUUCUCACCACAGAGAGAAAGAAGAGAGGAAAAACUGUCCCAGAGGAGCUGGUCAGAGCCGAGGAUCUCAGCAAGUACCGCCAAGUGGCGUCGCAUGCCGGCCUUCAUAGCGCCAGCAUCCCCGGUAUUCUGUCCCUGGAUGUGUGUCCCUCUGACACCAGCAAAGUGCUCACUGGUGGAGCUGAUAAGAACGUGGUCGUGUUCGACAAGAACGAAGAGCAGAUUGUGGCAACUCUGAAGGGUCAUGCUAAAAAAGUCACCUCAGUCAUUUACCAUCCUUCCCAGUCUGUGGUCUUCUCUGCCUCUCCCGACGCCACCAUCCGCGUCUGGUCCGUCACCGGAGGUAACUGCAUUCAGGUGGUGCGAGCCCACGAAGCCAAUGUCACCGGACUGUCUCUGCACGCUACUGGAGACUAUCUGCUCAGCUCCUCUGAGGAUCAGUACUGGGCCUUCUCCGACAUCCAGACCGGCCGAGUCCUCACCAAAGUUACCGACGAGAGUGCCGGAUGCGCUCUCACCUGCGCUCAGUUCCACCCCGACGGUCUCAUUUUUGGCACCGGUACGGCCGACUCGCAGAUUAAGAUUUGGGAUCUGAAGGAGCGCACCAACGUGGCCAACUUCCCAGGCCACUCCGGACCCGUCACCUCCAUCGCUUUCUCUGAGAAUGGAUACUAUCUGGCCACAGGUGCCCAGGACAGCUCUGUGAAACUGUGGGAUCUGAGGAAACUGAAGAACUUUAAGACCAUAACUCUGGACAACAACUAUGAGGUGAAGUCCCUGGUGUUUGAUCAGAGCGGUACCUACCUGGCUGUAGGCGGGUCCGACAUCCGCGUCUACAUCUGCAAGCAGUGGUCCGAGGUGCUCAACUUCACAGACCAUACAGGGUUGGUGACUGGAGUGGCCUUCGGAGAAAAUGCCAAGUUCCUGACGUCUGCAGGAAUGGACAGAAGCCUCCGAUUUUACAGCUUGUAGGG